AUUUAUUAACGAAUUUUCUCUAGCAGUGCGACUAGAAGGUGUGAAGAAACUUUUUUUGAAACUAUUGCUAUUUGUCGAACAAAAAAAUCUUUGUAAAAAAACAAAAUGUACAUUGUUGAAAAGUUUUGUGCUGAUUUGUAACAUAAGCAACCUGAAUUAGCUUACUGGUACUUAUAUUUUUCAGCUGCUUUACUUUAUCAACGUUUUUUCACACCCAAUCACCUCUGCUUAUUACUUUAAAUAUUGUUUCAAUUUACGAACUAGCUAGGUUUUUUCCACCUAUAUAAUAUAUUUAAAUUACUAAUUUUUGAUUUGCUUAUUUAAACUCAAUAUAAAAUUAUUCCCAGUUCAGCAAAAUCGAGCAACCAUAACAACUAUAUAAGUACUACCAUGUUUCCAUAGAGCAUAGCAGUAGUAAUAAUUUAAUAAAGAGAUAUUUUGCCCACAACAUUAUUUUUGUAUGACCAUCUAGUUAAAUUUUCCUAUUCCACGUUGAGUAAAUCGAAAUUACAUAACUUUAAUAGCCUAAAUGCUAUUAUGUUUCCAUAGAGCUUAGGGAUAGUGGAGUGAUAUUUUGCCGACAACAUUAUUUUCGUAUGCAAAUCUAGUUAAAUUUAGAAAAUGGACAAUUCUUUAUUGAGCCGAUUUUUCGGCGGAAAAGGAGCUGAUCUUCCGGACAUUAAACUUGAUCCGGCAGAUCUUCCUCCUCCCCCAACCCCUCCAGAAACAUCCAAGGACACAAAAAAUAAACCUGGAGACAAAUGGUCAAAUUUUGACCCAACAGGUUUAGAAAGAGCGGCAAGAGCUGCUAAAGAAUUAGACCAUUCAGCCAAUGCAAAAGAUGCACUUGAGCUAGCACGAAUGCAAGAGACGACCAAGCAAGUUGAGUUUCAGGGCAAAGUAAAGGAGUAUGAAAUGAACUUGGAGCAUUUGAAAAUGGAUCAGAUUAAAAUGCAAGGGGAAGAAAGAAGAAAAACUUUAUCACAAGAUGCAAAGAUUAAAAAAGAGCAAGCAGAGUACCAAGACCUGUUAGCUCGACGUAGAUAUGACGACCAACUUAAACAGCAAUCCCUGAUGAAUGAAGAUAAUCUAAGAAGACAGGAACAGUCGGUUGAAAAACAAGAAUCAAUGAGAAGAGCCACCCUGGAGCAUGAAAUGAAGUUACGACGAGAUAAUGAAAUGGCUCGUGCUGAGGCAGAAGCUAUUGCUCGUGCAAAAGCUGAUCGUGCAAAUAAAGAUAUUCGACGUGAAGAAAUCAAGUUAGAAGCGGCAGAAAAAAGAGAAACUGUCUUGGAAUCAAUCAAGACAGCUGGAACUGUUUUAGGUGACGGUGCUAAAGCUUUUCUUGGAGAUUGGGACAAAAUCACAACUGCUGCCUUUGGUUUAACUCUCGUUGCUGCUGGAGUCUACACUUCUAAAAAUGCGAUUGGAGUUGCCGCUCGUUAUAUUGAAGCGAGACUCGGAAAACCUUCGCUUGUCCGUGACACAAGCCGAUUCACCGUGCUUGAAAUGUUUAAACAUCCGAUUAUUACAACGCGGAGAUUACUUAGUCAUCCUGAAGAUGCAUUGAAAGGAGUCGUGCUAAGACCCACCUUAGAGGAGCGUGUUAGAGACAUCGCCAUAGCGACCCGAAACACCAAACGAAACAAAGGUGUAUAUCGUAACAUUUUGUUACAUGGACCACCUGGUACAGGGAAGACCUUGUUUUCUAAAAAACUUGCCAUGCAUUCUGGUAUGGACUUUGCAAUCAUGACAGGGGGUGAUGUGGCUCCGAUGGGUCGUGAGGGGGUCACAGCCACCCAUAAAAUGUUUGAUUGGGCAAACAGCAGCAGGAGAGGUUUGCUCCUUUUUGUUGACGAAGCCGAUGCAUUUUUACGGAAACGAGCAACUGAAAAAAUCAGCGAAGAUUUGAGAGCAACUUUAAAUGCAUUCCUCUACAGGACUGGAGACCAAUCAAAUAAAUUCAUGAUGGUAUUAGCAAGUAACCAACCUGAACAGUUAGAUUGGGCAAUAAAUGAUCGAAUUGAUGAAAUUGUGGAAUUUUCAUUGCCAGGUUCUGAUGAAAGAGAACGUCUGGUGCGACUUUAUUUUGAUAAAUAUGUUCUUGAACCUGCUAUGAACACUAAACAGCGUCUAAAACUCGGUGAUUUCGACUUCAGCACUAAGUGCUCUGAGAUCGCAGAUAAAACUGAAGGAAUGUCGGGUCGUGAGAUUUCAAAACUUGCUGUGGCGUGGCAGGCAUACGGAUAUGCCUCCACAGAUGGCACGUUGACUGAAGAAAUGAUUGACGAGAGAGUUAACGAAGCAGUGGCACAACAUAAGCUUAAAAUGGACUGGCUCAAGCACCAUUCUGGUGACCCUUCCAUUGUCGGCGCACCAGAUACAUCAGACCCAUUGUCACCAAAAAGCACGGACUAUGCCUCUACAACUAUGUCAAAAAAUUAACAUAAUUAAUAUUCAUUCCGUAUUAUCUGAUCUUCGUGAACGUAAUUUAAAAAAGAUCAGAAAAUGUACUUUGUUUUAUCACAGACAACAAUUCAGUCAUUGGUUUUAGUAGCAAAUCUACAAUAAAAGUCCUUUGUAGGCAAUUCAAAAAGUCGCAUUAUUACACAUCGCAUAAAAUGAACAAAAUAUUUAAAAA